AUACACAUAUAUCAGUCAGUGCCAACAUUGGUGAAGUGUAUUCUCCUUUGUCAAAUGUCACGCCAAUCAUGUGAGCUUGUUGUCUUUGACAGCAGUUCGCAAAUAUGCAAGCUCCACCGGAUGUGUGAUAUGAUCGCCGAAAACGUUACGCAUCCAAGCACAACAGUCGCAGCAUCGGUCACUGGGUCGACAAUAUGCAAGAGUGGCACAUACAUCGGGUGUUUUGAAGACCAGCCGAUAAGAGAUCUCGCAUCCGGUGGGAUUGGCAAUACUCCACAGUUGUGCAUGGAUUCCUGUUCUCAAGCUGGAUAUAUGUACUCUGGAAACCAGUUUUCACAUCAAUGCAUGUGUGGCAACGAGUAUGGUAGAUAUGGACUACGACCAGAUUCGGAGUGUAACAUGGCAUGCGCGGGGAACAAUACACUAAAAUGUGGCGCGGGUUGGCGGAACAGCAUUUACAAAACAUAAAUGUGGGAACAACGCAUCCUUGGUCCAAGGGUUUUUCACUUAUUUCAUGGCUGCUGCAUAAAAGUUAAGACCGAUCUUGAAGGAUGGGGACAACGCACCGAU